AAGCUUCUCUCUCUAUAAAUAGCUGGUCUUGUUUUCCCAUUUCCAGUCUCACUUCUAAUGGAAAAACCUAACUGCCCUCUUCUCUCAAGUCCUUUCUCUUCACCAAAUAUCACUGCCCUCCUCAAGCUCAAGAUCCUUUCAUGGACCCAAGAAACCGGCUUACCUGUUUUAAUUCGAGUCCAAAUCGACAACAGAAUCUUCAACCUACACAAGCAUCUUCUCUGUUCAAAGAGUGGCUAUUUCAAGACAAAACUGGAGGAGGAAGAAUCAAACGAGAUUAUUAACCUUCCUUUGAAUUUCCCAGGUGGGUCAGAGACGUUUGAAAUGAUCGCACUCUUCAUCUAUGGUUCAUCCACUCUAAUCAGUCCAUUCAACAUAGCUUCAUUGAGAUGCGCAGCUGAAUUCCUCCAAAUGACAGAGGAAUUUUGCCAUGGAAAUCUCUGCGAACGUUUCGAUAUUUACCUUAACCAUGUCGUGUUACAAAAUUGGGACCAUGUUUUAAUAGUUCUUUGGAGAAGUCGAAAUCUUGUUCCGUUGGCUGAGGAUUUGUUGAUUGUUAGCAGAUGUAUAGAAUCAUUAGCUUUCAUGGCUUGCAUGGAGGUUCUUGAUCCGGAAAAAAGAAGGGAUCAUCCUGUUGUAGGUUUGUUUGAGUCUUUAGUUGGGAAAAAUUGGAGCUCUGGAAGAGAAAGAGUGAAGGAUAUAUUGAAUCAGGAAAUUUGGAUUAAUGAUUUGAUUGAUCUUCCAUUUGGGUAUUUUAAAAGGUUAAUUGGGUCACUUAGAAGACAAGGAAUGAAGGAGAAAUACGUCGUACCCAUUAUUGUUUUCUUCGCAAAUAAAUGGUUACUGUCGAACAAUUAUGAAAGUAGUGAUGCUGCUGAUGAUGAUGAUGUUCUUAUGGGUGUUCUUCAUAUGCUUCCAAUGAGAGAUCAAGUGAUGAUCCCAAUCGGGUUUUACUUCGAUUUGAUUUCAAUUUCAAUGAAAUUGAAGGUGAAGGAUGAAUACAUCAACAAAUUGAUGGAUCGGAUUACACAUGUUCUUCAUUUAGCUACUGUGGAAGAUCUUCUUUAUCCGAAGAAGAAGAUUGGUGAGGAAUCUGUUUCUAUGAGCUUUGAAUUCUGUUUAAUGAAAACAAUAUUCUCGAAAUACUCUUCUUCAUUGAAUCAAACAUCUUCUUGUUCGAUUAAUAGUUCGAUAGUGGCGGAAUUAUGGGAUUGUUAUCUUUCUCGUGUGGCUUCUGAUUCGAGUUUGGAUCCUAAAAGAUUCGCUCAACUUAUUGAAACCGUUCCUGUUUCAACCCGACAAAGCCACGACAAUCUCUACAGGUCACUCGACACUUAUCUUCUGGCACAUCCAGGACUAUCACAAGAAGAGAAGGGAUCAAUAUGCAAGUACUUGAAUUGCCAAAAACUGUCACAAGAGGUUUGUGUUGAGGCAGUACAAAACGAACUAAUGCCACUUCGAUUUAUUGUUCAAGCCCUUUUCAUCCAGCAGAUCGACACCCACAAAGCAUUCAAAGAUUGCUCGGAUUCCUUCAGGUCUUCACACUAUGAUGGGGAUCAAAUCUCCGGAAGCCUCUUAAGUUCGCGAUACGCAAACUCGAGAACCCAUCAUCACGAUCUAGUUGAAACUCCAGAGCCUCUCGGAUUAUUGCUCCAAGAAGCCACGGCUUUGGAAUUCGAAUCUACGAGUUUCAGAAUUCUAAACCUUGAGCAAGAACUUAUGUCCUUGAAAAAAAGCCUUCGGCUGCAAAACAUUGUUGUAAAAGCGGAACAAGUAGUUGGGAAGAAAUCAAAAAAGACCAUCGCGGGUGGGAAGAAGAACCGUCGCAUUGGGGAAGUGGCUGCGUGCAUUGACUCCGUUAGUUUUGAUAAUCAUAGGAAGGAUGUCACACGAUUUCUCAAGGUUCUUUGGAGUGUAUGUUUCUUUGGUAGAGGAAAAUCGAAAAGGCAGUCCGAUUCUUCGUCAUAGAUGAUGUGUUGGUCUUAACUAUCAAAAUGAAGAAAUUGUGUCAUUUUACAACCAAUAUUUUGGUAACUCCUUACAUACAUUUAGUGUUAUAA